UACUUCGCCAGAGACACAGAGUUCAGAAACUUCUUACAUGUACAUGUACAUCUCUCUCUCUUUCGCCAGAGCCAGACAGACAACCUGAACAAAUCACGAAGCCACUGAUAGAGAUUUUGUAAAUUGAAGCUUCAAUGGCGACGAGAUACUGGGUGGUCUCUCUUCCAGUUCAGAACUCUGCAACUUCUUUGUGGAACCGAUUGCAAGAGCAAAUCUCCAAGCAUUCCUUUGACACUCCUCUCUAUAGAUUCAAUGUUCCUAAUCUACGUGUUGGCACCCUCGACUCACUUCUCUCUCUCAGCGACGAUCUCCAAAAGUCAAACAGCUUUGUGGAAGGAGUGUCACACAAGAUCAGGCGUCAAAUCGAGGAAUUAGAGAGGGUAUCGGGUGUGGAGAGCAAUGCUCUCACUGUUGACGGAGUACCAGUUGAUUCGUACCUCACUAGGUUUGUUUGGGAUGAAGCCAAGUACCCAACUAUGUCACCCUUGAGGGAGACUGUGGAUAGUAUUCAUAGUCAAGUGUCAAAGAUUGAGGAUGAUCUCAAGGUUCGUGUUGCUGAAUACAACAAUGUGCGUAGUCAGCUUAAUGCUAUAAACCGAAAGCAAAGUGGAAGCCUGGCUGUACGGGAUCUCUCAAAUCUAGUGAAACCAGAGGAUAUAAUUACCUCAGAACAUCUAGUGACUCUCCUUGCAGUUGUUCCCAAGUAUUCACAGAAAGACUGGUUAGCCAGCUAUGAGACUUUGACUAGCUAUGUGGUCCCCAGGUCAUCCAAGAAGUUGUUUGAGGAUAAUGAAUAUGCUCUUUAUACUGUGACACUCUUUGGACGUGUUGCAGACAAUUUUAGAACAGCUUCACGUGAAAAAGGUUUUCAGAUUCGUGAUUUUGAACAUAGUCCAGAAGCACAGGAGAGUCGGAAGCAGGAGUUAGAAAAGUUAAUUGAAGAUCAAGGAAGUAUGAGAAGUUCUCUUUUGCAGUGGUGCUAUAACAGUUAUGGGGAGGUUUUUAGCGCCUGGAUGCACUUUUGUGCUGUGCGCGUUUUCACAGAGAGCAUUUUGAGAUAUGGUCUGCCGCCAUCUUUCUUGGCAUGUGUUUUAGCUCCGUCGGUAAAAAGUGAGAAGAAAGUGCGCUCAAUCCUUGAAGGGUUGUGUGACACUGCAAACAGCACAUAUUGGAAAACUGAAGAUGAAGUCGGAGGAGGGGUGGCUGGUCUGGCAGGUGAUGCUGAUUCCCAUCCAUAUGUCUCCUUCACAAUCAAUCUUGUGUGAUCAGUGCUGACUCUGAGUUCACUAUCUGUUUUGAAGUCAUAGUCCAAGGAUUUUUCUAGACACCAAUAAUAAUGGAAGUGUUCAGUGGUAAUGUAUAUUAAAUUUAGUUGCCAAUUCUUUGUGUUCAAUUAUAGUUUCAGCUUUGGGAGUUCCAGUGAGUCUGAUGGUACAAGGGUGGAAUCUGUGAGAAAGGUUUGCUCUGUAGAAAUUUGUAUUACAAGAUUUAUAUUAUGAGAUUGCGGGAUCUGCAUUUACAAAGUUGGACAGUAAUGCUCUUGGUGUAUUUUAUAAUAAUGUUAUAUUAAUAAUUUAAAAAUGCAAUACAUUUUGUUUUUAAUGUA